AUGUCGUCUAACACCUCCAACGAGCCUAACAAGACCACUGGUCAAUAUCACUCCAUGAAGGGUUCCGUCGUCGAGACCAUCGGUAACUUGACCGGCGCUACAUCGUGGCAACAGUCUGGCAAGGAAGAGCAUGCCACCGGCGAGGGCGAGUAUAAGGCUGCUCAAGCUCAGGGAUACGUUGAAGGCACCACCGAUCGCCUCAUCGGCAAGAAGGAUGCCGUUGUUGGUGCUGUCACCGGCGACAAGCAGCAGCAAGCUUCCGGCAACAUUCGCCGUGACAAGGGCGAGGCGCAGCAGGACCUCAAUAACCCUUCAUCUUAA